CUCCUGAACAGACAGACAGUCCCUACCUGCAGUCCUGGGCACAGACAUGAGGCCUUCUCCCCAUGAGGGGACUUUAUCCGCUUGGCUUCUCCUCGCUUUCCUAUCCAGCACCACGCUGGCUGCGGAGAGGCACUACUACAUAGCCGCUGUCAACAUUGAUUGGGAUUACUCGCAUAACAAGACUGAUCGUGUCUUCAAGAAAGCUGUAUACAGAGAGUAUGAGGAUGCCUCCUUCACAAAGCCCAAGCUUCAUCCCCCCUCCUUGGGCUUGCUGGGGCCAACGUUGCGUGGGGAGGAGGGUGACGUGAUCAUUGUGAAGUUUCGGAACAUGGUGGAUCAUCCUUGCAACAUCCAUACGCAUGGCGUGUCCUAUGGGAAACAGUCAGAGGGAGCGUUAUACUUUGACAAUACCUCCCAAAAGGAGAAGGAGGAUGACGUCAUCAACCCGGAGGGCUCCCAUGUAUACACCUGGGAGCUGACGUCCGGAGUGGCCCCCACCGCUGCCGACCCCCCCUGCCUCACACACACCUACUUCUCCCACGUCGACAUGACCAGCGACUACAACUCCGGCUUGAUUGGCACUCUCUUGGUCUGCAAACCUGGCAGUCUGGAUGCCUCUGGGAAUCAGAAGCAUUUCGAUCAGGAGCAGGUCCUCCUCUUUGGCAUCUUCGACGAGAGCCUCAGCUGGUACAGCAAAGGAGCCCCACCCAGCCCAGAGCUGAUGAAAUACACCAUCAAUGGCUACACCCAUGGCUCCAUCCCAGGCCUCAGUGUGUGUGCCUACAGUAGCGUCACCUGGCAUUUUCUGGGCAUGAGCUCAACGCCAGAGCUAUUCUCUGUGCAUUUCCAUGGGCAGGUGUUCGCCCAGAACGGGCACCGGGUGUCGUCUCUGGGCAUGGUGAGUGGCACCACCACCAGUGGAGUCAUGACGCCUCUGCACGAGGGACGCUGGCUCGUCGCCUCUUACCUCAACCAACACAUGGAAGCGGGUAUGCAUGGAUUUCUGACAGUGGAGACGUGCGAAGCCUUCAAGAAGCCUGUGCGCAAGCUUAGCAUGAAUGAGAUGCUCAACAGUCGACUGCGGACCUAUUACAUCGCUGCAGAAGAGGUCAUAUGGGACUACACUCCAAACCUACCUGAUUAUGUUGACGCGGAUUUCAAAUCCAAAUACCUGAAGCAGGACCCAGACCGCAUUGGCCACCGGUACAAGAAGGCUGUAUUCACCCUGUACACAGACGAGACCUUCACAAAGCUCAAUGAGAGUAAGAUGGAGCAGGGGAUCAUCGGACCGGUUAUUAGAGCACAGCUAGGAGAUGACAUAAAGAUUGUGUUCAAGAACAAGGCCAGCAGGCCAUACAGCAUCUACCCCCACGGCCUCACCCUAGACAAGGCUGGAGAGGGGGCCAGCUACCCAGCGGGAGGCAACCAGAGCCACGCGGUUCAGCCGGGCCAGACGUACACGUACGAGUGGAAUGUAGUGGAGGAGGACGAGCCACUAGCCGGCGACGCCCGCUGCCUGACCAGGAUGUACCACAGCGCCGUGGACACCCCCCGGGACAUCGCCUCCGGCCUCAUCGGGCCCCUGCUCAUCUGCAAGGGCCUGGACCCGAGGAAAGUUCAGAUGAAAGCAGACAAGGAGCAGCAUGCAAUGUUUGCUAUUUUUGACGAGAACAAAAGUUGGUACCUGGAUGAGAACAUUCAGGAUCGCUGCACUAACCCAGCCAGAGUCAGGAAAGAUGCACCAGACUUUUAUGCAUCAAAUGUUAUGCACACUAUCAAUGGCUACAUGUUUGAAAGCAGCCAAGUGCUGCGCUUCUGCUAUGAGGACAUCGCCUCAUGGCACGUCUCCAGCAUCGGCGAGCAGAGCCGCAUCCAGACCGUGACUUUCUACGGCCACACGUUUGAAGUGAACAACAGAGAGGAGGACUUCCUGUCUCUCUUCCCCAUGACGGGAGAGACCGUCUCCAUGCACAUGGAUAAUAAGGGUGACUGGCUGUUAUCAACGCUAUAUUCGCAUGACUCAACCAAAGGCAUGAGAGUGAAAUUUAAGGUUGUUGAGUGCAUCCAAGAUGAUGAAUACAAGUCAGAGUAUGCAGAGAACGAAGAUCUGUGGAAUGUGGUGAAACCACCAGAAUACGUACCCCCACCUCCAAAGAAGGAGGAGCCUGUGGCAGAAAAAGUUAUUGAUCUACAGACUGACUACUAUGCAGAUUUUCUUAAAAUUAGAUCACACAAGAGCACUGAUAACAAGACAACUAGUGACAUGCAGUUGCUAGACCACAGUGUGUUUGAUUAUGACUUCGACUCAGGUGAAGACCAAACUUUGCAAAACCCUGGGAAAUCAUAUGAGCCUCUCAACGUCUCUAAUUCAGAAAUGUCGGAGAUGUCAGCAAUUGAGCCGCUGCAAAAAUCCCCAGACUCUGAUGUCAAUAACACAAUGGGUAAUGGCACAAACAGCUCUCAAACGUCAGUGGUAAAUGGCACGAUUGACAACAGUGAAAAUCAUCAUGACAUUAUGUCUAAUGAGAAGUCAGAUGACAAGACUACUAACAACACAGAGUUGGUGGAUUAUGGCAAAAGCUUAAUGGCUCAGGACACUGAAAAAUCUGGGGAACUGUUAAAUGUCUCACAUUUUGAUGACAGGGAGUUGCUGGACAGAGAGUAUGGUUAUGCAGACAGCAUACCAAUUGGAAACCAAACUAUACAGAACCCUGGAGAAUCCAGGGACGUCUCUGACUCUGACGGCAAUAACACCAUGAAUAGUGGUGUACACAGCACUGCUACGUCCAUGUUAAAUGUCACCGGUUUUACAGCCACAGCGCCUCCUCUGGUGACACCACCAAUAAAAGUUUCCUGCUCCAUUCGGGGUGAUCUAGCAUCUUUACACAGACUGAUUCACAAAUGCCGAAAUGAAGAGGAGCUAAAGGAAAAAGGAGAUGACAAACAGGGAUCUUCACCUCUCAACAUCACUGUGGACGCACAAAAUGAAAAUUACACAAGGCUGGUGGAAAACACUACCAAUGAAACCUCAUCGGAAGUUGGAAACAGCACAACCCCUUCUCCUAGCAAUCAGGUCAUCACAAGCCUGCCAGUGAACGUGUCAUCUGUAGCGAGCGGCCCACAGGUUAGCUUGAGAAACUCAUCCUCAUCAGAGACCAGUGAAUUGGGCUCUUUCAACGAGAGGAGCCAGGAGGAGUAUGACUUCAUAGAGGACCCAUAUGCCCAGUCGAUUCAUGAGCAGGGUAACAAUUUGCCAGCGGCUGACGUGAGAAAGUAUUACCUGAGCAUAGAGGAAGUCGACUGGGACUACGGCGGAUAUGGACAGAAGCGGUCUGAUAUUAGAUCUGAUGGACGUCCCACGGCAUUCAAAAAGGUGGUCUACAAAGGUUAUCUGGACCCCUUGUUCAGAGUGCCGGAUAUUCGAGGGGAGGUUGAAGAACAUUUGGGAAUACUUGGCCCUGUAAUAAGAGCCGAGGUCGGUGAUAUUAUCAUGGUCCUUGUCAGAAACCUUGCGAGCAGACCCUAUUCUCUUCAUGCCAAUGGUGUGUCCUACAGCAAAGACAUGGAGGGACUGAACUAUGUGGAUGGCACACCAAACCAGAAGGACAACGCUAUAGGGGUCAACCAGACCUACACGUACAUGUGGAAAGUGAAUGACAAAGUGGGACCAAAAGAAGUGGGCAAAAACGUGGAUCCCAAGGAAAGGGGACCCGACUGUCGAACCUGGGCCUAUUAUUCUGGAGUGAAUCCUGAGAGAGACAUCAACUCAGGGCUCAUUGGACCGCUGUUGGUCUGCCGAAAGGGAACCCUCAGUAAAAAGCCUAUAGACAUUAGAGAGUUUGUGCUCCUUUUCAUGACCUUUGAUGAAAACAAGAGCUGGUAUUAUGAGAAGAACUACGCUUUGUUUGAAAGGAAGAACAAGAGAACUGUUCAGGAGCCCUUGUUCAACGAGAAUAUUAAAUUCCCAGCCAUCAAUGGCAUAGUCUAUGCCCUGAGAGGCCUGAGAAUGUACACCAAUCAGCUGACCAACUGGCACCUGAUCAACAUGGGAGCAGCCAAUGACGUGCAGAGCAUCCAUUUCCACGGCCAGACCUUCCUGAACCACCAACGCCAACGCCAGAGCGUCUACCCUCUGCUCCCUGGAGGUCUUACUACGCUACAGAUGACGCCAUCUAAGCCUGGCCUUUGGCUCCUGGAAUCUGAGGUUGGAGAGGAUCAGCAAGGAGGAAUGCAAACACUGUUUCUUGUGAUAGACAACGAUUGUGGUCAUCCCCUCGGCCUUAUCUCUGGAAGUGUCGAGGACAAACAGAUCACUGCCGACCACACCAGAGGUUACUGGCAACCACAUCUCGCCAGGCUGCAUAACUCAGGGAAGUACAACGCAUGGAGCACUGACCAGCGUAACUCCUGGAUCCAGGUGGAUUUCCAGAGGCCAGUGGUCAUCAGCAAGGUGGCGACGCAGGGAGCCAAGGAGAUGUUCUACUCCAACUACGUAACCAACUACACCAUCUCCUACAGUAACGACCGCAGGAAGUGGGUCUUCUACAAGGGAGACAGUGACACCACCAGGAAGACUUUCGCAGGGAACUCAGAAGCCAACAAGGUGAAGGAGAACAUAUUCUUUCCCCCUCUGGUGGGUCGCUUCAUCCGUCUCCACCCGCUACACUCGUACAACCAGCCCACUGUACGGAUGGAGUACUAUGGCUGCGAACUGGACGGUUGCUCAGUGCCAAUUGGUAUGAAAAGUAGGGAUAUCGGAGACCAGAAGAUCACGGCCAGCUCUACGGCCAGUAACUGGUACGCAGGCACCUGGGAGCCCUGGCUGGCCCGCCUGGAUAAGCAGGGUACUGUCAACGCCUGGCAGGCCAAGUACAACGACUUGAGCCAGUGGCUGCAGGUGGAGCUGAGGACCGUGAAGAAGAUCACUGGCAUCAUUACGCAGGGCGCCAAGUCCCUGGGCACCAGGAUGUACGUCACGGCCUACACCCUCCAGUACAGCAAAGACGGCCUGCGCUGGACCAAGUACACGGAUAACCCUGAUUAUGAAAUUAAGGAAUUCGAGGGCAAUACAGACAGCAAAGAGCACAAGAGGAAUUACAUAUAUCCUCCCAUAUUUGCUAAAUUCAUUCGCAUUGUUCCCAAGAGAUGGAAGAAAGCAAUCAGCAUGAGACUGGAGCUUCUUGGCUGUGAUUUUGAGUGAUAAUAAAAAUGUGAAGGUAAACUGGAAUUUGACAGGAACCUAGAUUACUUUUGAUAACUCAGUUU